CACACACACACCUUUAAUGACUGCUCUUCUACUUUUUUCUUCUCUCUAUCUCAUCAUAAUUCUUUAAAUUCUACAAUCUUUAAUAUACAAUAUUUAAUAUUGAUAUAUUAUAAGUUUAUAUCAUCUGUACGUUUAGUUUACCCCCAGGUGAGAUUCCCACAAAUAAAGUUUCAAUCUUUAUGUAAAUUUAGGAGUUUAAAGUGAAAAAGAUGGGAUCUUUGUGUUCAUGUUUUCGUGCUUCUGAGCCGGAUGACGAAAGUGUGGAUUCGGAUGACAACGAACAAGUGCCAGAGUCGAGUGGUGUGGUUAAUAGAAAUGCACAAGAUAAUUUCACUUUGUUCUUGCAGAAUUUGUCUAAUAAGUGUGAAGCUGUUCUUGGAAGAAGAGGAAUAGAAGCUGUGCCAUGGUCUUACCAAGGUCCAAGCUCUUCACAACCUACAAUACCACAAAUCGGUUCAUCUGGAUCUAGCAGCGGUAGUGGCAGUGGAAGCGGCAGUGCUAUAUCAUUCAUGAGGCAUGGUAAAGGCUCAAACCGUUCACGAGUAGAACCGGAACCAGUUUGUGAAAGCAAUGAGGGCUUGAAGAAAUGCCAGCCUGAGAUCCCUUUUAUGGCUGCACUGGACAAAGUCAAAAGCAGUAUAAACACUAUAUCACAAGAUGAUGAGGAUGUUUGUCCAAUAUGUCUUGAAGAAUAUACGAUUGAAAAUCCACGAAUUGUUACCAAAUGCUCUCAUCAUUAUCACCUAGGUUGCAUAUAUGAAUGGAAUGAGAGAAGCGAAACUUGUCCGUUUUGUUCAAAGCUGAUGGUAUUUGAGGAGAUGGAUUGAUCCCAAUACCCCUUUUGAGUUCAUCAUAAAUAGCUGGAUCUAUAAAAGCCAAUGACGUGAACAAUGAUCAAGGAAAGUACGACACCAAAUAUGAUCAUAAAGACCUACAUUGCACAUAUGAACAAUUUCCGAGGUUGAACUGGUGAUAUAUAAUUAUAUAUAUAUGGAUACUAAUAAUAGUUUCUUAAUUUUAUUCCAGUUUUCAUCAAAUGGUGAAGAUGGUUAACAAGUUCCAUGUAUGUAUGUUUUGGAUUUGUUUCUUUGUAUAUAUUGGGGAUGUUUUGAUCAUUUGGUUGAUAACAUGAUUGCAGUAAACAUUUCACAA